AUGGUCAUUAGUUCUCCAGGUCCUGUAACUUUGGGUGAUCAAAGUUUCCCUCACGGAGUCAUUCGACGAUGCGCCGACUGCCCAUUCCUGUCUCCAAAGGUGUAUGGUAUCCAUCUUUACAGAUAUGGUGGAAGAUACACAUUUAUGGAUAAUUUCUCUGCACUACAAAGAUGUGAAAGGGCUAAUCUGGUUUCAAAUUGGGGAAAAUGUCAUUUCAUGGUAGAGGGCAUUGUGUUGGGCCAUAAAAUAUCUGAAAAGGGUUUGGAUGUAGAUAAGGCCAAGAUUGAGAUCAUAGAGAAGUUUCCUCCUCCUACAUUUGAGAAGUUGAUCUCGACUCUAAUUAUCAUUGCUUUAGAUUGGUCUGAGUUGUUUAAGGUGAUGCGUGAUGCCAGUGGUAUUGCUUUGGGUAUUGUUCUAGGGAAAAAGCAGAACAAAAUCUUUCACCCCACAUAUUAUGCAAGCAAGGCACUAAAUGGGGCACAAAAGAAUUACACUAUCACAAAGAAUGCGUUGUUUGAUGUUGUUCAUGACUUCAAGAAAUUCGGAGCUUACCUAUUGGGUACAAAAGUGAUAGUUCACACUUACCAUGUUGCAUUGAGGUAUUUGAUUUUAAGAUGUGAAGCCAAAGCUAAUUAG